GGGCCGCGGUACAUUGUGGGAGGGUAGAAGAAUGGCGGCGUGCGUAAGGCAGACUCUGUUUGGGGUGGCGAAGGGCUGGCGGCGGUUUGAGGGGCUCUGGGCCGGUAGCCUGGGUUUUCGCAGCCUGGCCCUUGCGGCUGCACCCUCGAGCAGCGGGUCUCCAUGGCGCCUUUUGGGCGCGGUGUGCCUGCAGCGGCCACCGCUGGUCUCGAAGCCGCUGACUCCAUUGCAGGAAGAGAUGGCGGCUCUACUACAACAGAUUGAGGUAGAGAGAAGUAUGUAUUCAGACCAUGAGCUUCGUGCUUUGGAUGAAGCCCAACGACUGGCAAAGAAGAAAGCUGACUUGUCUGAUGAAGAAGAAGAUGAACAGAAUAUAUUGCUGGUGCAGGAUUUGGAAGAUGUAUGGGAGCAGAAAUUUCUACAGUUUAAACCUGGAGCUCGCAUAACAGAAGCCGAUAAAAAGAAUGACAGAACUUCACUGCAUCGGAAGCUAGACAGGAACCUUGUUCUCUUGGUCAAAGAGAAGCUUGGAGACCAGGAUGUUUGGAUGCUUCCCCAGGCAGAGUGGCAGCCCGGGGAAACUCUCCGGGGAACAGCGGAGCGAACCCUGGCCGCGCUCUCAGAAAACAACCUGGAAGCCAAGUUCCUGGGAAAUGCCCCCUGUGGCCACUACAAGUUCAAGUUCCCUCAAGCUCUGCGGACAGAGAGUAGCCUCGGGGCCAGAGUGUUCUUCUUCAAAGCGCUAUUAACUGGAGACUUCUCCCAGACCGGGAAGAAGGGCCAUCAUGUCUGGGUCUGUAAGGAGGAGCUGGGUGACUAUUUGAAACCGAAGUACCUGGCCCAGGUUAGGAGAUUUCUCUUGGACCUCUGAUGGGCGGUGCUGCCAGUGGACGAUCCUCGACCAGGCCUGUGGUCGGGACCUCGAGGACAUUAUGUGCUUGUCCCGUCUGUGCAGGGAACAGCAUGCAGCCAACUAAAUUCAGAGAAAUAAACGAGUUUAUCAUUG